ACGCAAGCCAACUUCCAGGUGGACUGUUUGGAAACGGCGUGAAUUGAACUGCUACUUCUCAAGACUAAACCCAUUAUUAUUGGACUAAAGAGUACUAAAUCAUCUGACUCACCAGAAAGCAGCUAUUGUAUUUGAUCAAAUUUACUACUGAGUGACACUGCCCUUUCUACAUCUAUUUGAGAAUCCACACCCACCUCAGUGAAUCCUUGGUUGGUGGAUACACGAACACCCUUAAAGAGGCCAAGCAUGGAUAUUCAGUCGUGAUGAAAGACAGACUCUAACGCUACAACAGUCACUUUGGUCUCAGUUGUUUGAGCUUCUUCAGUGGCUUCAUGAUAAAUACAAACUUUGCUUUGAGGGGUAAGACAGAUGAUUGUCAACAAAAAUCAUAGCUGUAUGAUGUCUUUUGAUAUCCUACACUUUCUUGUGACAGUAUCCUUGGAACAAACAGUUUAUUACUAAGACAAAAAGCAAGCUAUUUUUACUGUUAUUGUUUAGACACUUCACCUGUUCAGAUGGAAAUGUAGCUUACUGUGUACUGCAAUAACAAUGCUAACAAGAUCUUUAAGGAAUGACAAAUUCCAGUAGCUGCAGAUCUCAGGGCAAAGGUCAAGGUCGACUAGUGAGUGCGUUUGGACGUUUUACCUCUAACUUUGUGAAGACGCAGGCAGGGAAAACACUGCAGAAUGCUGUAUAAUAUGACAGUAGCUGUAGCCGUGUGAUGUUUAACGCUCCGUCUGAACUGCAAAUCUCUGGAGACAUCUAAUUUUCAAAUCUGUCCAACUGUAUUUGGAGGAAACAGCUGCAGAUGAGUGCAUGUGUCUGUCCAUGGUGUGUGGGUGUGGGAUGCUGGGCGGGGGCAGAGUGUAGAAACGAUUAAAGUCAACUUUGCAAACUUUGUAUUAAUAAUCCAGAGAAAUAUUCCAAUUAUGUCCAAGGAAAUAGAUUUUCCCAUUUUGACUUUUGCCAUAAGUAUAGAAUCCUCUCCUCUCCCCUGAUCUGUGCUCCCCUCAAUUUAUCGUUCUUCAUCUCCACAUCUCUUCCCCUCACUUCUCCCCAUCUCCUGUUUCCCUCUUUACUCAUCUGUAAACAUGGAUGAAUGUUAUUUCCCCAGAAGGAAAUCCAAUAGGGCACAGCGGAGCAGAAAGAAAUACCACUCCGCACCUGUUUAGGGAGGAGGAAGCUCCAGCACAGAGGGCAGCUAGAACUGAUCCGGUGAGAUGCAGGAGGCAAAACCCCUUAAUCCCUGUGACAUUUUUGCUCAGACCUCUCAUCAAAGCCUGUGAGCUGCUGUGCUGCCCGGGAAAAAGGAAGGUUGGAGGAGAGAGAGGAAGGAUGUUUGUGAGAGAUUGAGGGAGAUGAAGGCUAGUGGACAGACAGAAGGCAGACACGGAUAGACAAAGACGGACGAACAGAUGUUGGAUUAGUGAAAAGAGAGAAAUUUUAGAACCUGCGGGUCUUGAAUCGGAUGAAUUGUUGAUGAAAGAUGUGGCAGCUCUGAUAAAGUUUCUCCUCUCUUGCUUGUCUGCAUCACGUCUUCUCGUUUCAAAAUGCAAACACCAUCACACUCUGAGAUUAUGCUCUCUGCAUGCUGAUUCCCUAGUGACGCCUCACCCCUCGGCUGUGCUCAGUGGCAUCAUAACGUCAGUGCCACACUUUGACACCUGUCACAGCCAGCUGGGCAUUUACUCCUCCCUGUGGGCUUGGUCUCUGUAACACCCCAGGAGACAGCAGCUCCUUUACUUGUAUCUGUCUCCACCUUUGAACAUCCUCUCUGUCCAUAUCAUACCACUGCACACCGCCUCCUCCUGGAUUCAUACAAGCAUGUAAUUCCCUGGAGGGGGGACCUAGGUGCCAAAUGUUUCUGCAGGCAUAAAAAAGAGGGGAGGCAGAGAGGGAAAAUGGCAUGAGUUAACUUUUAAACUGAAAGAGACAUGUACCUGAAUGUGAAAGUUUCAGAUGAUGUAAAAGCUUUCUCUUAGCCAAUUUACACCUUUUUCUUGGGCUUUACGCAAAUACAAUGCAGUGUGAGAAAAUUGUCUACCUUUUUUGAGUUAAAAGUGCGCACGUCCCUUGCAUGUAUUGGAUUCUUGCCUGUCCUUGGAUGAAAGAGAAAUAACGGGAGCAGACAGACAGAAUAUCAGGUACACUGAGUAGGAAAGAGACUUGUUUCUGUCGGACUGAAGACAAAAACAAGUCAGAUGAUCAAACAUACAGAGCGAUAGAAUCAGGACCUCAAAAGGCCCAUGAUAAUGUCCUGCAGCCGAGAGAGAGGAAAAAAGAAAAGUACAUGAAACUAUUUGAUUACACACGUUGGAUGACUUUCAAACCCAGAGUGUGUGAUGAAAUACCAUCGGUUUAUCCUGCAACAGCACAUGCAAGGUGAAUGCCGUGAAGUUUUUGCUUCAGCGUAAAUGAUGUUUGACUGAGGUCAUUCACUGAGUACUCAUUUCAAUACGGCCCAGAUGAAUACCUAAGCAUUUCAUUUACGCUCACUGUUUGCUCUGAAGAUUACAUUAUUAAUCCACAGAGAGAGGAUUAUGGUUUGUGUUCAGACUGAUUCAGAAGGCACAGCUGGGACAAACUAAAUUGAGGUCGUAUUCUUAUAGUUCAGGUUUCGUGUCCUUUGAUCCUUUAUCUAGAUUCAUAACGGCAUCACUAGCUUACCAUAGCAGUAGUUGGAUGAUUGGACAUGUAUUAAACUGAGGAUAAACCACAUGUUUGAUACAUUUUUCUGAACCUAAAGUGAAGGAUAUAUUAGAAGAAAUACUUGUUUUUCUAGGUUAGUGUAAAAUACCCCUUUAAGUUCACUCAGACAUCCUGUUAGUGUUUUUCCUCUUUUGGCUCAGACCCACAGGUGUUUCCAUUUAAUAUGCCUAAUUAGACCUCCUGUCAGGACUGUGCGACUGUGUGCAGAAUGACUGACAUCUCCACCAGUCUCUUGUUAAGUUUGAUGGCACCUGUCAGGAUGGGGCAAUUUAUAUCAGACCAUUUAUUAUUUCUAUACUUAUCUCUACAUACAGUUUUUGCAUUUAGUAAACAAGAAAGUAACAUAAACCAUUUUAUAUUAAUAGAAAAUGAUAGAAUAGUUACACUCUCGAAUGUCAAUGGAAUCAUUGAUGGCUCUGUUGUAUUUAGAUGUCAGUUUCAGGGUUCAGGAAUUGUACUUGCUCACUUAUUGGGAAACAUAAACCGAACAGAGCAAUCAUUGACAAUAUCAGUUCCACCUGUGCGUUUCCUGUUAUGAGUGGUUGAAAUGUUUGCUGUGAAAAUUGCUUAUAGAUCUGAUCUGUAGCUAAAACGUGAAUGCAUUCUGGGAAUAACCCAAAAGUAGAGUUAUUCCUCUACAUGUAGUUUGUCACCUUACAUUCAACGAUAACCAAUGUGGCUUCAACAAGGACAGUAUAGACUGUUGCUUCUCUUAAUGUGAUUAUUGCUCUUUUCUCUUUGGCCAGAAGGCGGCAGCCAAGCGUCUAUCCUGAGUGCAUCUGUCUUCAGGGUGCCACCACCAACAGCUCACACAGGCUACAUCAUGUGGACUCCCUGGAACCCCCUCAAGGAUCCCUGUGUUUCCCCGGACUCCACUUUGAGAACCAAUGGUCUAAUGAACUGUGAAGCUGCCUGGGAUGCCGUCGCUGUGACCGGGAGAGCGAGCCCGUCAGUAGAGCCGAGGACAGCUAGGGACACCGAACAGCAGCGCCCGAACGACCUCUUCCCGGACCCGUUCUGACUUUCUACCGUGCGGCUACCGGAGGAUGUUUGAGCCAGGAUGCUGCGCUUCCCCGUGAAGAAGAUCCGGAAGCAGUUCAAGCUCCUGCUGCUGCUGGUACUGCUCACCUCCGCCGUGUGGUUCACCUACCUGCACAUAAACCAGGGCAAGACCAUCAAACUCCACUUCAACUACGGAAAAGAUGGAGAGAGACAGACGGAGGGGACAGACGCCAGCCGCAAGAGGGACACUCGCUCCUCAGCCGGCCACCACAAGAGUGAGGACACCAGCGACAGCAGGGAGGACGAGGCAGCAGAUGACGAGCCAAUCACAGGAGGGGCCGAUGGCAGAGACCAUACCCACAUCCGGAAGUUCCUCGCCCAGCGCCACAAGAAAUUGCCAUGGAAACCAGAGUUUAAGGGCCAGGCCAACCUACAUGUGUUUGAGGACUGGUGUGGCUCCUCUAUAGCCCAACUCAGAAAGAACCUGCACUUCCCUCUCUACCCUCAUACCAGAACCACAGUGAAGAAGCUGGCAGUGGCUCCAAAGUGGAAGAACUAUGGCCUGAGAAUAUUUGGCUUCCUUCACCCUUACAGAGAUGGGGAUUUCCAGUUCUCGGUAUCGUCUGAUGAUAACUCAGAGUUCUGGCUGAGUCCUGAUGAGAGCCCUCUCAACGCCAGGCUGCUGGUCUAUGUAGGACAGCUUGGUACAGAGUGGACCGCUCCAGGCGAGUUCAGCAAGUUCAGGUCCCAGUCCUCCAAGUCUGUGCACCUGAUCUCGUCCAGACGAUACUACUUUGAGAUCCUCCACAAGCAGGACGACAAGGGCUCCGAUCACGUUGAAGUUGGGUGGCGUCCAUUCCUCCCCGGUCUGAAAUAUGAAGUGAUAGACUCAGCCUACAUCUCCCUGUACACAGACGAGUCCAAUCUCAAGAUGAACAGUGUGGACCACAUCCCCCAGACCUUGGCCAGUCACAUCCGUCUCCCAGAGGAUUCUCAGCCUCAGAGUCUGGAAGGAGGCAGCGUCACGCAGCACGGAGCGGAUAUGCUGAAGCCAGACCCCAGGGACACCUUCUACAGCACUCCAAUGAUCGACCCCUCCCGCCUGGAAAACGUUCUACCGGCCUGCCUCUACUCUCCAACCUACGUAGUCAAAGAUUUCCCCAUCGCCAGAUACCAAGGCCUGCAGUUUGUGUAUCUGUCUUUUGUCUACCCCAACGACUUCACACGACUCACCCACAUGGAGCGAGAGAACAAGUGUUUCUACAGAGAGUCCCCUAUCUACUUAGAGAAGUUUGGUUUCUACAAAUAUAUGAAGAUGGAUGAGGAGGAAGAUGACAGACCGUUUUUCUUCCCCAACCCAGAUGAUUUCCUAGAGGAAGAGGAGGUUGUAGAUGCAGAGGACGAGGCAGAGAUUGUUGGCACACCGUCGCCCAAGAAGCCCUCUCAUCCCAGCCAGACCAGUCACACCUCUAACCCCUCCCAUCAGCACUCGAGACCUGGGCCCACAACAGCUGGCAAAGAAGGGGAGGAAGAAGUGGAGGAUCCUGAUGAAGAGGAGGAGGGAGCAAUCCACAGUAUUAUACACCGCAGAGAAAGGAGACACUUUCCUCGCAGAGAUGUGGAUAGAGACUGGGAAAGAGAUCAUACAAGGGGGAACAUGAGAUAUGACACCAGGGAGAGGCCUCCAGAGCCCCAAUCCACACACAGUGUGGUCCGUGUUCGCUCCCUGUCCUGGAUCCGCACCGGUCCUGCAGAGCUCAGCCCUGGCAGGAAAGGAGGAGGAACAGGUGGUGGAGUAGUAGUAGGAGGAGGAGGAGGAGAGAAGGGAGCUGAGACUCCGCCUAAACUGAGCAAGUCUUCACUCCUUUUCCCCCAAAAGUCCUCCCUCUCUGCCCUUGCCAGCCGUGCCAAGCAGAUCCUCAGCAACUCCGCCCAUAGCAACAACCUUCACGACAACAACAACAAGCUCACUGGAAACAAGAAGGAGAAGAGGGAAGAGAACAAGAUCUACAUCACCAGGCCCAGGCCCGCCAGGGAGAGAGAGAAGGAGAGGGAGAGGGAGCAGCGUCGAGAAAGGAGGGAGGAGAGGGCAUCUCGCCACCCGAGAGAGGUGUUCCCGGGUGUAUUUCUGUACCAAACUGGAAAAACUACCAGGCUAGUCAACCUGGGUGCUAAAGGACAUGCUGCAGGAGGCAUAACAGGAGGUAGGAGUCUAGUUAGUGCCCCUCAGCUCUGGCCAAAUCCCCCUACUAAGGAGGGUAAGACACUGUCUCACAAUGGAAGCAUCAACAUACAGAAGGAAAGUGUACAGAAGUCUGCAAACAAGGCAGCAGCGGUAAAACAACCAGACAAAAGCAAGAGGAAAGGGGAGCAUCAGCCGUUAAAGACUAAUGUCACUGCUGAUCUGCCCAGCAAAGGAGACCCUCAAACAUCUCUUUCCCAUCACAAAGAUCCCCCUCCCUCUACCCCUCCACAGCUGAACUCCACAGAAAACACGCUCCAAGGUCAAUCACGGGUCACCUCUUAUCUCAGGACCUCAGAGAUUACAGAGUCCCAGCAGCAGCCAGACCCGGACCCCAACCCGGCAGAACUGGACCAGGACACAAACCGCUCUAAUCCUGACCCCGACCCCGACCCUGAGCCAGAACCAGAGGAGGGCGAGAUGUCGGACUACAGCUACGAGGAGGUUGAGGCCCGACCGGGCUGGGCAGAGGAGAGCAUCAACUGGCAGAGAACCUUUUCAGUCAAUCCAAUGGACUUUGAGCUGCUGCGCUCUGACUGGAAUGACCUUCGUUGCAAUGUGUCUGGCAACCUGCAGCUGGCAGAGAGUGAGGUGGUGGACGUGCUGGCGCAGUACAUGGAGAAACUCAACGAACGCAACGGAGGGAUCUACACCCUGCUGCGAAUCAUCAACGUCGAGAAGCGGCGUGACUCGGCGAGAGGAAACCGUUACCUGGUGGAGCUGGAACUAAUGGAGAGAGGCCGUAGCGUGGUGCGUCUCUCUGAAUACAUUUACCUGCUGCUCCACCGUGGCAGGCAAGGAGACGAAAGCCUAGAGAACACUGACUCUGCUCCGGCCUCGGCCCCGGCUUCAGCCACCUCUGCUGCCACGUCUAGCCUCACCACCCCACCACCUCCUCCCUCCACCAGGUCCCCCGUCCGGCCCGGAGCGACACCCUGGAGCACCGCCUAUGCUAAACCUCUGCUCUGCCAGCCAGUCAUGCUGCAGUGGAGGAGAGAUAUCAUGGUGCACUUUGUGGUACCAGUGAAAAACCAGGCUCGCUGGGUACAGCAAUUUAUCUCCGACAUGGAGAAUCUUCAUCGUCAGACCAAGGACGACAAUUUCAGCAUCAUCAUCGUUGACUUUGAGAGCGAAGACAUGGACGUGGAGCAGGCGCUUAGAGAGAGCAGUGUGCCAAGAUAUGAGUAUCUUAGGAGAGAAGGGAACUUUGAGCGCUCAGCAGGACUGCAGAUCGGAGUGGACACCAUCGAGGAUAGCCACAGCAUCGUGUUCCUGUGUGAUCUGCACAUCCACUUCCCUCUCAACAUCUUGGAGAGCAUCAGGAAGCACUGCGUGGAGGGACGCCUUGCUUUCGCACCCAUUGUCAUGAGACUCGGCUGCGGCAGUUCACCACAGGAACCUGAUGGUUACUGGGAGGUAAAUGGCUUUGGCCUCUUCGGAAUCUAUAAAUCCGAUUUUGAUAAGAUUGGAGGGAUGAACACAGAGGAAUUCAAAGACCGCUGGGGUGGAGAGGACUGGGAGCUGCUGGACAGGGUGCUGCAGAACGGUCUGGAAGUAGAGAGACUACGCUUGAGAAACUUCUUUCACUACUACCACUCCAAACGAGGCAUGUGGAACGCCCAAAACAAGAAAACUCCUAAGGGAUAGCGCCUCUAGCUGGUUGGAGGAUCCUAACCUACCUGCAGAUCCACUGUGUGUGAGAGAGACCUGUAGGAGCUCGCUCACUGCCUGAACUCUGGCCUGUUUUUUGAAACAGACUCCUUACAGGGAAGCCUCUGUUUCGCCAUUGGCCCCUCUCGUAUGGUUGUCUGUAUGAGGAAAUGGAGUCCAAAUGUGAACUUUGAAAGCGAGCUGUUUACGCAGCAGAUAGUCCUGAGUCAUCACUUUGCCUCACUGACUAAACUACUGUACAGAGAGAAGAGAGUUAUUUUUGUUCUCCUUCUCUCCAUCCUUUUUUUUUUUUGGUGCAGUGUUUUCAGACAGACU